AUGAUGGUACCCUAUUUGAUUCUCUCUGAGUCCUCCUUCAUUCUGAUCACAGAGACAACCUCGGAGACAUGCUUCUAUCUCUUCGUGCUUGAUGCUCAUCGAGGGACGGCAGAUGUCUCCCUACUCGAGCACGACAUUGCACUGGGGUUCCUGUGUGAUCACAACGACUCGCUGGGUCAGUUUGGAUACACUAAAAUGGAGACUUUCCAUCUAAGCGGCCUGGUGGACUUCUACAUAAGCGGGAUACUGCGCCAGAGGCUAAGCGAUAGGACUACUAAGCGUACAGUGCAAGCAGACGCCCUUGGAGAUCGACAGGGAGAAUCGCUUGCUAAUAGGGAUACCACAGGCCUUACACCGGUCUCCACGGAAUUCUCUGGUACUUCAUUGAAGGGAACGGUCGAAAGCUUCCUCAUGCACAGACAGCCCUCCAAAGAUCCCGAGGUCUCGGUGGCUAGUGCACCAACUCUUCAGCAUCUCCUCGAAAACAUCCCGGUAGAUGUUCAUCCCAUUAUCGCCGAUGGAUCACUGGCCUCCAUGAACGAUCAAAUAGAGAGGCUGGUCAUAGACAAGCAGUACAACCCCUACGUAUCCCUGUCUGCUGCGAAGAAGCACAAGAAGGUGCGGCGCUCCCUCUACGUUUCCGUUGAUAAUGACACCGACAUGUCCGACGACCUCCUCUCUGAAUCCAGCGCGACCAGAAGUUACGCACUGUCUGCCCACGGCUCCCAGUUCCACGACGAUGGCAUGACGAGUGCAAUCUCCUUGAAGAGGAAGUUGGACACAUUCAAGAGAAGAGAAGGCUAUGCAGGAGAGUAUGCGAUCCGGCCGAUGAAAGGAAGGGUGCACCGCUUUCUUCGCCUCUGCAUAAACAUCUCCUCGGCAACAAGCAAGCAGAGUAUAGACUAUAGGGCUGAGUUAGAGAGCAUAGACAAUAUCCUGAAGGAGCUUGCUGUCUCACCCUGCCUAGAUCACACUACUGGUGCAAGUGCCAGCCUCAGCGUCCCUAUGACACCGGCAUGGGUCGAUGCGAUGAUCAGCAGGUUUGCUUUUGAGUAUCCAGCAGCGGGAGUCUCCAUGGAAGCCCCUGCGUCUCCACGCGCUCAUCAACACGCUGGCAGCACAGUUGUUCCGGAGAUGCUCCAGCAAGAGCGCAGUGCUAUCACACAUGUACUAUCUGAUGAGUUGCAGCCAGCAUUGGAGAGUGACGACAAUGAGUCUAGUUCUAACGAAAGUAUCGCUGACCAUGUAAGUGCUACUCCACGGCUUCCAUCGAAGUAUUCGACGACUAGUCAGAUGUUAAGUGUCAUGUAUGAUGCAGCUGCAAGCCCCACACCGAGUUUGCUCGAGGCCGUUGUUGAGGCAUAUCUUCCCUCGGACUACUACUCUCUGGACUCCCUUGGGUUCCUCCAGGUCUAUAACAGUACACAACGAAUUCUGGCGACCAUCCUAAUUACUCCGUUGAAAAGGCUCUACCACAACAUCUUUAUGGUGAUGGCUCAGAAAGACGGGUUCAUAACAGAGGGCCUACGGAGCCGGCUCAAGCUUGGGCGCGCCUCAACGUCAGCCUGUCAGCACCUUGACUUCUUCGCGUCAGACCUACUCAACUGCCGCGAAGUUGUCAAUUGCCUGCUCACAGAGCUUACUCCGGACCACCUUUAUAAUCACAAGCUCUCUUUCACUCUCAGUUGCCUCUCUGUGUUGGUGAUGGCAGGCGUGCUCUACAGGUUCCUCCAGGAGGCCGAUCGAAGGCCCUUCCUAUCAGCUAUUGACGCAGCUUUGGGGUUUGCAAUUGAAAGCUAUUUGUUGGCGAAUCCGGGGCGUCUUCCUUCUAUGCGUCUCGUGUUCCCGUUCUUGGCUAUUAGCUCGCCGUUCUCUAAGUUUGCGGCCGUUGCAUUUUUACGGCUACUCACUGCACGCCUCUCCAAGCUUCUUCUCGAAGAAGCCAUCCCUAAGAACACCCUUAACACGCUGGUACUUGCAACAACCGAGGUGUGCGAGCUCAGCUUUAAGCUUACGCUGUGCACGCAGCUCCCACCUAUACACAUCCUGGUCAUUCACCGUGAGAUCUUCUACAAGGCUGUGCUCGCUUUUGAAGCCCUGGCAUUCAUAAAGAACUUGAACCUAAGCGAACAGCUAGGUCUGGAAGAGCAUGUGACAGCCCUUCUCGAUGCAACCCUAGAUGAAUCCACAGCCAUAGCGUGCUACUUUAGGAACAACCUUGCCGAUGCCGACUUCAAGCGUCUUUCUCCCGGCUUUGCCUCAUACUUUUUGACUAACCUGGCCUUCUUGCUCCGCACGGUCUGCACCUAUGCAUCGGCAGUACCCACGCUGAUGCCAGCCCAGUGCAGCCAUAUCCUGCUGAAGACCACUGCCCUGCAAGAGCUGGUUGGUGCCUCAUCGGCUCUUGUCUCUAGCUGUAAAGGAAUCUCGGGGUACUACAGGGGCCUUUACGCAUCUAACAACAGUAUAGGCACCACCAGCCGAGCACAGAAGGGUGAGGGCCCUGCUUGCCAAUGCCAUCUGCACGAGUGCUUCUUCGAGGAUGCUCAGAAGAUUUUAUCUGAGUCGCCGACCACGCUCUCCAUUCGGUCCAUCUACGUGUUUGUUAAAUACGUCAGGAGGCAUGAGCAGAACGUCUGGAGGCACCACUCCACCCGGUUCAUACAGCUGCUGGUCUGCCAGAUGCAGAGGCUUUCUACACUGGAUCGGACAACAGACAGCUUGAUCGGAGCAGGCCCUCUGACCACCCUUCCGCUUGAGAACUCUGUUCUUAACCGGAAAUCCCUCCUGGCUUCUCUGCGUGAGUGUCUCUUCGACUUUUCCUAUUCUUUAUCCCCGAUUGUGCUGGUUCGCCUAACCACAGGCAACGAUAUUUCCGUCCUUCAUGGCUUCACUCCUGGCUUCCUCACGAUUAAGUUCCUCGAGUCCUCCACCCAGGCCCUCAAUCUGCAGAAGCCUCUGGUUCUUGAGCAGGCAUACAAUUACUUCCUGGAGCACAAGGCGGAGCGCUAUAAGCUGAGCAUGCUACCGCCAUUUAGCCAGCUGAAUGACCCUUUGCUAGGAAUCUCUUCUAAUAAGUACAAGACUUAUGGCAAGAUCCUCCCCUGCAUAUCCUUCAUCUCUGUAGAUCCUCAAAACGAGCUUGCACUCGUAUAUUGCCAUAAUUAUAACGCUCUCUUUGUCUACAAGCUCUCCACAAACGUCGACGACGUGUACCUGGUGGGGACUGGCUCCACGGAUCUUUUCACCAUCAUUUCUCCGGGCUCACAAACCCUUCUGGCUGCCAAGGUUGUCUGGACAGAGGUCAAAAAGGCCAUGAGGUCAUACACAGUUUGUGAAGUCCACUUUAUUCACGGGGACUCUCCCCAAUCAGUGGCCAGCAUAGAGGAGUACAUAUGGAAGACAACUAGGCACGAAAAGCCUGUGAAGCACCUGGCCCUCUUCUCUGUGGAAGAUGAGCAGGAGGAGUACGAGCACAGACAGCAAGAAGAGCACCGCACAGAUGCAAAAGAUUCAAUACCAAAGCCCGACAGGCGGCAGUCUUACCUGGUUACACAGGAGAAGACGACCACAAAAGAAACAAUGACCGUGAGGCUCAAGAUCAAGCGAACGGUAGCACAUUAA